GAGGGCCUUUUGACAGUGCAAAAAGUCACGGGAUUUUACAGUGAAAAUUUGUGAAUUUUCGACUCGACUUUUCGCCCCCAAAACAGGACCUUUCCACCCACUUUUUGGAGUAACAGGGGAAUUCUUGUGAGUGAAGCACGCGAAAAUGUCCGAAUACUGGCUAAUAUCCGCUCCUGGCGACAAGACCUGCCAGCAAACAUGGGACACGAUGAACAACGUGACCAGCAAGCAGGGGAAUUUGUGCGAGAACUUCAAGAUGCACAUUCCCGACCUGAAAGUCGGCACGCUGGAUCAACUCGUCGGUCUGUCUGAUGAUCUUGGCAAGCUGGACACUUACGUGGAGUCCAUCACGCGCAAGGUGGCCGCCUAUUUGGGUGAAGUGCUUGAGGAUCAGCGUGACAAGUUGCAGGAAAACUUGCUGGCCAACAACAGUCCGGGUCCGCCGGACGACGAGGAGGAGACGCAAGAGACCGAUCCGUCCUGUCAGCGCAGUCUCACGAAUUCCACGGGCUCCGAACGGUGUGAGUCCGAGUGCAACUGUGGCAACAACAUUGGGAAGGAAAGCAACAACAUUAGGACGCAUAAUCACGAUGCGGAUCCCUUUGAUUGGUGGUUUCACAGAAGUAAAAGUUCGAAGAAGAGCAGGAGUCACUCGUCGAGUCAGUUGCACAUGGGUGGCAGUGGCAAUGGCGGCGGCGGAGGUGGCGGUGGAGCCACGCACCGAUCAUCGCCUGUCAGCAGUUGCUGUGGCAGCAGCAGUCAGGGUCGAUCGAGUCCUGACGAUGAGGACGGGCUCAGGGAGCCACCCAGUUUCCCCCUAAGUCCAGCUGAUCUUCCAUCGUACAUCACCCGCUUUCAGUGGGACAUGGCCAAGUAUCCCAUUAAGCAAUCGCUGAGAAAUAUCGCUGACAUCAUUUCGAAGCAAGUCGGCCAGAUCGAUGCUGAUCUGAAGGUGAAAUCCUCGGCCUAUAACAGUCUCAAGGGGAACUUGCAGAACCUGGAGAAGAAGCAAACCGGAAGUUUGUUGACUCGCAACUUGGCUGAUAUCGUGAAGAGGGAGCACUUUAUCCUGGAUUCUGAGUAUCUCACCACUUUGCUCGUGAUUGUGCCCAAGGCAAUGGUGCAGGAUUGGAAUGGUCACUAUGAGAAGCUGACGGACAUGAUUGUGCCGCGAUCCACGCAGUGCAUCACGCAGGAUCAGGACUUUGCGCUGUACACGGUGACGCUGUUCAAGAAGGUUGUGGAUGAGUUCAAGCUGCAUGCGCGCGAGAAGAAGUUCGUGGUGCGUGAGUUCACGUACAAUGAGGAGGAAUUGGCGGCCGGGAAGAAUGAGAUCACGAAGCUGGUGACGGACAAGAAGAAGCAAUUUGGGCCGCUGGUGCGAUGGCUGAAGGUGAACUUCAGCGAGUGCUUCUGCGCUUGGAUUCACGUGAAGGCGCUGCGCGUGUUCGUGGAAUCGGUGCUGCGCUACGGGCUGCCCGUCAACUUCCAGGCCAUUCUCAUUCAUCCGCACAAGAAGAGCACCAAGAGACUCCGCGACGUGCUCAAUCAGCUGUACGGCCACCUGGACGGCUCCGCCGCCUCAACUGGCGGCAGCAAUGCUGACACCGUUGAUAUUCCUGGCCUGGGCUUCGGUCAGUCCGAGUACUACCCUUACGUCUACUACAAACUGAAUAUCGACAUGGUGGAGUCGAAGUUGUAAGGGUGAACACCGAAUUGAGUAUCAACACAACUACAAUAAUAAUCAUUGAGGGCCAUUUUAGUAGGACAAUGAAAUUCUUAGUUUGAUUCUAAAUUCUCCGGUUUUAUUCCAAAUUUUCUGCUCUUCUUUGAAUCCCCCGAAAAAAAAGAUCGGUUUCUUUCUCCCUGGCAAAUGUUUUUUUUUUGGAGAAAAUCAGUAUUUUGCGGAAGUAGUUUUUUAAGUAAACAGAGAGAUAAAAAGCAUAAAAGAAUAAUGUAUAAAAGAAAUAUUUCCAAAAUUAUGUAAAUAUCAUGGAUUAUAUUCCACGCUAUUCUAGUUCUUUUCCUCAAUUAUAGUUUAAAACCCUCGUUGCAUGCGGUGGCGAUUCAAUUGUAGCGUCAAUGUUAGUGAAAAAAAAAAGAUUUUUGAAAAUACAAAAAUACAAUUUUAAAUGUAUUUAAAAAAUGAUACAAAAAUUGUUAUAUGUGAAGCGUUACUUACAUUUUGUUUCUUUUCUCCCCACGGAAUUGAAGACAAAUAAGGCGCUUUUGGGGUGGAAAUGCGCUCCAGGGUUGCAAAAAAUCUGUUGAAGAAUCAUUAUUGUAAAUAAAAAAUAGAGAAAAAAAACAUUCCAAUAAAUCAA